AUGUCGUCGGACCAGACGGCCGCCGCCAACACGCUGGCAGACAGGGGCACGCUCUCGUCGGCCUACCGCCGCUCGAUGCAUGCGCUCCAGACGACGUUUGGAUGGAGCGGCAGCAGCAACGGAGCCGAGUACGAGCGCCAGCCGCUGCUCCAGGACGAGCAGCAGCAGCAGCUGGGCCAGAACCAGGCGGGGACCAGCUACGGAUCGGUGCUCGACCUGCCCCCCGAGAGGCGUGUGCCGAAGCCAAAGGCCGUCAAGAGCCCCGUGCGCGUCGAGGCCAAGGUCUGGUUCGCCAACGAGCGCACCUGGAUCUCGUGGCUGCGUGUCUCGCUCCUCAUCGGCUCCUUUGCCCUGGCCAUGUACAACUCGGCCAACUUCUUUAGCUCGCACCACCAUCACGACGAUGCCGGCCGUGCCAAGGGCCCGCAGCCGUCGACGAUCCGCAACUUCUCCCUUGUCUACGCGGGCAUCAGCAUCCUCACGCUCGUCUGGGGCCUCUUCAACUACCACCGCCGGCUCCACCUGAUCCGGACCAAGUAUGCGGGCGACUUUGACGACCUGAUUGGGCCCCCGCUCAUCUGCCUGGCCCUCUUUGUCGCUGUUCUGCUCAACUUCAUCACGCGUGUGCAACAGUACAACGCCGAGCACGACGGUUGA